AUUUGUGAAGACGCCCUUGGAUACUGCUAAUGAGAACUUCGAUUAUUCCGUCACAAUUUAUCCCUAUAUUUCAAAGAGGGAUAUAAAAAUACUUCUUUUUAUUUUUUCGUCGAAAACGUAACAGUGGUUGGACUAUUUUUCUGUAACGCAGCGUAAUAUUAGUUUACAUGUACCGCCGAGUUGGGUGAAGUCGGUUGUCAAGUCUAACUUUAAGAUUGAUAAUGCCGGUCUUUACGCUUAAUACAAAUCUCCCUAAGGAUAAAAUUCCAGAUGAUUUUUUGAAGAAGACUGCUGAGGUUAUCCAACAGACUUUAGGAAAGCCUAUAUCGUAUGUCAUUGUUCAUGUGAAUCCUGAUCAGUUAAUAUCGUUUGGAGGAGGGAAUGAACCCUGUGCUUCAGCAACACUAAUGAGUAUUGGAGCCCUAGGAAAACAGGAGAACAAGAAGCAUUCUGCAGCUUUGUAUAAACAUAUAGAAAAAACUUUGGGUAUUACAAGUGACAAGAUGUACAUUCAAUAUAUUAAUGCCAAUAAGGCUGAUGUUGGAUAUGUGGGAAAGACGUUUGAUGAUCUCUUGUGAAGACUUUCCAAAGACACAAAGUAAAGAAUUUAUAGAAAAUUUUGAAAUUCUUCUCAAUUAAAUUUACUAUAUUGCUUUCACUUUGUGCUGAUGCUCAUUUAACCUUGAUAAUGGAAUGAUUAUACCAUUACAUGUACUAUUAAAUAAAAUAAUUGAUUUUCAUCAAGUUAUUGUAGUCAACACGUUUAUGUUGAGCUGUAAUUCCAUUUUUAUUAUGCAAUAAAAGCAGUUUUAAAUUUU